UUCUCUGCAAUACAAAGAUAUUUUUAUAAUUACAUUAAAAUAUACUGUCUAUAUUAACAUUUUUCUUUUCGAAAAAAGGUGGCGCUGCUAAAACAUUCCAGAUUUUCACUGCCGUGUGGCAGUUGGCGGGUUUUUGGCUACAAAACAAGAUGGUUGACGAAGCUACGAAGAGAACUUUGACUAGUUUACCGUUAUUAAAAACGAAAGCUGGACCUAGAGAUAAGGAACAGUGGCCAUCUAGACUAAAAGAAGAAUAUCAAGCGUUGAUUAAAUAUGUAGAGACCAAUAAAGAAAAGGACAAUGAUUGGUUUCGGUUAGAAUCAAAUAAAGACGGAACCCGUUGGUUUGGAAAGUGCUGGUAUAUUCACGAACUUAUGAAGUAUGAAUUUGAUAUAGAAUUUGACAUUCCGGUAACGUAUCCAACUACGGCACCAGAAAUUGCUCUUCCUGAAUUAGAUGGUAAAACUGCCAAGAUGUACAGGGGUGGAAAAAUAUGCAUGACGGAUCACUUCAAACCAUUGUGGGCUAGGAAUGUUCCAAAAUUUGGCAUAGCUCAUGCCAUUGCUCUUGGUCUAGGUCCAUGGCUUGCAGUGGAAAUUCCAGAAAUGAUAUCCCGGGGAGUUAUUGUACAUAAAGACAGCACAGAAUAACAUCAUGUUUUUGAGAAAGAUAUAAAUUAAAAAUGAGAUUUGUGCAUUUUGUAUAUACAAAAUUUACUUGUGAAUAUUGAAAAUCGAACAUUUAUAUAUUUUAUUUUCAAUCAGAAUA